AUGCUGAAACAAUCUUUGAUCCUGAUUCUUAUCCUUUUGGUGGCCGUUUGUUGUUUCUCAGCGGAAUUGCCCGGAAAUGCCUACUUGCCACCGUUAAGGAAUGAACAUCCAGUUCCAGAGGAAUCCCUACUAGCAGACAAUGGAUUUCUUUUUGAUAUUAACCAGGAUUCGUUCGAAAGGUAUGCCCCCAUCUUUGUGGACUAUCCGGGGAUUCAUCAUCUUCUAAGACAGCAACAGGAGUACGCCUUGGAUCUGCCCUUCGAGGGAAAACCAUUUGAACGAAAAAUUCCAGAUAUUGUUCAUGAUUCUGUAGUUAAAAGACAUUGGUAG